AUUAUUACAAAAAAUCAUUACAAAACAUUAAAAGUACAAUUUAAUUAAAACUAAUAAUUUAUAGUGAAUAUAAUAAUAAAAAUGAAAAUAUGGAUAUCAAAAAUAAUGAAAAUAUACCAAAAGAUACUCUGACCCCAUCACAGCAAAUUGAAUCUCCAGAAAACCCAGACUUAAUUAUUGCUGAAAUUCCAAAUAGUAGUUCAAAUAUAUUAAGAAAUAAUUCAAAUACUGGCAUUGCUGAUAUGAAAUUAAGGUCUACAGACGAAAAAAUCCAGAAAGAAGUUGAAGAAGGCUCGAAUUUUAAAAUGGAAAAAUUAAUUGUUAUAGGAUUAAAUUCUACUUAUAGUAAAGAAGAUGAAAAUUUUACUAAAUCGGAAAAUUUAACUCAAACAAUUGAAAAUCUUAGUCUUAAAAUUGAUGAACCAAAUAAUGAUCAAAUUCCAAAUGAAAUUAAUGGUCCACAUGAUGAAAUAUCAAAACAAAUUCCAAAAGAAUCAAAAAUGGAUUUAACUGCUAAGGAAAUCCUUAGUAAUGACUUACCAGAUGGAAAUUUAAUUAAUAAAAUUAAAAUAAAUGAAAAUAUUGAAAAUUCUUCUAAUUAUAAAUCAAUAUCAACCGACAUUGAUCCUAAAGUUAUGCAAUAUUUAAAAAAUAUUCCACCUACAAAACUUGAAAUUAUUAAAAAUAAUGAAGAAAUUUCAAGUUUUUCUGAUUCCAAUAUUGAAAUUCCAUUAAAAAAAUCUACAACCAAAUUAGCAUUACCAUCAUCAUCACAAAUUAAAGCUGGUGUUAAAAAAUCAUAUAGUUGUAUUGGUAAAUUUAAUCAGGAACCAAUUGAUAAAGAUGAUUUUUAUUAUAAAGUUGUUGAUAAAAAAUUAAUUAAAGAAAAUAAAAAAUUAAAUGAUGAUACAAGUGCAAAUGAAAGUUGUAAUAGUGAUAGUCAAUCAUCAUCAAAUUCAUCAUCAUCACCAAAAUUAUUACGUGACAAAACAAUGCAAUCUAGUAUUAGACCAAAAUCAACACCAGCUUCAUCUUCUACACAAAUUAAUUCAAUAUUAACACCGGGAACGGAAAAGAAAUUAAUUUCAAAUGCUAGUACAAGUACUACUGGUGGUGGUAGUAAUGGUGGUGGCAGCAAUAGUAGCGGUGCACCAAUUAUGAAACGUGAAUCAUUCAUUAGACAAAGUUUUAAUCGUUUAUUCCGUAAGAGUAGUAGUGCAAGUGCUAACAGUAAUAAUUUAAGUACAUCAUCAAAUAGUAGUAAUAGUAGUUGUAAUAGUGAAAAAAUUAAUAAUACAAAUAGUGUAGAGAAAUUUUUUAAUAGUGUAAUGGGUAAUAAUGAUAGUAGUGGCAGUGGCAGUAGCAGUAGCGGUGGCGGUAACAAUACUACCGUUAAUAAUAAUAAUAAAAAAGAUAAAACAAAAGCAAAUCAUAAUUCAAAACAAAGUGAUUUUAUUGAUGAUUUUGAAGAAAUUUUAAAUAAUUUAAAAAAUGAUAAUAUAAAUUCAUCAAACAAUAAUAAUAAUGAAAAUAAUAUGAAAUUUUUAAAACCAUCAUUAACAAUAUUUAAAGAUUAUUAUUAUGAUAAUAAAACUGGUAUACGAAUUUUAAUUGAAAAAGUACCAUCUGAAAGUGAUUUAACAAAAUUAAAAGAAAAUUCUAAUUCAACAUUAAAAGAACAAAUUUUAGGUGUUCGAAAAAAUCAUAGUUUUAAUUUACAUAAAAAAAGAUCAACAAAUAACGUUAAUAUUGGAAUACGUUCUACAACAGACUCUCCGAUGGCACCACUUCAAGGACAAUCAGAGACAAAUGGUCAAAGUAUAAUUAAUUUGAGUACAUUAAAUAAAAAUCAUAAUCAUUAUCAGAGCAGUAAUAAUUUAAAUCAAAAUAAUAAUAGUAAUAAUUUAAUAUAUAAUAAUAACAAUAAUAAUAAUAAUAAUAAUAAUAGUAAUAAUAAUAAUUUUAAUACAAAUAAUAAUAAUUUAAACAACGGCACCAGUUUAAAAGCAGACUCAAAAUUCCAAAGGCAAUUAUCAUCUUCACCAAUUAUUGCAUCAUCAUCUGAAAUAAGUAGACAGAUAACAGUAAUCACGCCGACAUCAUCAACAUCAGGCAGUGGAAGUGGACAACAACAAACACAAUCAACACAAAAUUAUCAACAGCAACAGAGUCAAGAGAGAUCAGGACGAAGCAUUAGUCCACAUCCAAUAAAAUCACAAUCAACAUCAUCUGUAUUAAGUGUUAUAAACGAUACGAAAAGUAAUACUAGCGUGACAACAUCUAAAAAUGAGAUUCCAGAAAAGGAAAAGAAGAGAAAAGAACUUAGCAGUUCAAGAAAGAAAAAAUUUCACCGACAUUUUCAACAAGUUUCUAAAGAUGAAAGAAUUCUCAAUUAUUUUUCAUGUGCGCUAGUCAGUGAUAUUUUGCUUCAAGGACAUUUAUAUAUUACAGAAAAUUAUUUUGCAUUUUAUUCAAAUGUUUUCGGUUUUGUAACUAAGUUGCUCAUUCCAACAUCAUCUGUUAUGAAAAUUUCAAAAGAAAAAACAGCUAAAAUUAUACCAAAUGCUGUUGGUGUUACAACAUAUGAUGAACGUCAUGUUUUUGGUAGUUUUAUGAGUCGUGAAGCUGCAUAUAGAUUAAUGUGUAGUGUAUGCCCACCAUUAGAAGCAGCUGAAAAUAUAAUUAUAAGUCCAAAAGUUCCUGAUGCUGAAAUAUGUGAAGAAUAUUCUGUUGAAGAUGAUUCAAGUUGUUCAAUUAGUGGUAAUGAAAGUCCAGCAUUAUUAAAAGCUGGUGAUAGCGGUGGUAAUUGUGGUAAUACAACAACAGCUUCAUCUGAUGCUAGUCAUACAUUAAGACAUCGUCCAAUAUCAGCUUCAACAAAUAAUGUUACAUUAAAUGAUACAAGAACUGAUAGUGAUCUAUUAAAUAUUGAUAAUGGUGGAGAAAAUAAAAUUCAAUUAAUAAUAGGUGCUGGCACUCCAAUUAAAGUAUUAAAACCAAAUCAAUCACUUCCAAUUAUGACAGCAGCAACAUCAACAUCAAUCGGAUAUCCUUUAACACCAGAAAAAUCUGUAUCAUCAACAUCAUGUUCAGGCGGUUCAUCAUUCAGAAAUGUUAAAGAUAAAUUAAUUAGCUUAAUACAUUUCAAAUUUCCAACAGAAGUGCAUGUUGUUUAUAUAGGAAUAUUUUUAGCUGUUAUGUUAACAAUAUUUUCGUUAUUCCUUAUGUUUAGGAUAUUAGAUAUUGAGGCCAAAGCUAGUUAUAGAUCAACAAUAGAUAUAAGUAAUAAAUGGUCUUCAAGUGAUGAUGAUAAUAAUGAUAAUAUUUAUGCAGAAGCACUUAAAUGGCAAAAAGAAUUACAAGUAAAAAGCACUGAAGAAGCUCAAAGUAUUCUUAGUAACAAUUUAGAGCUAAUUGCACGUGUCCGAAAAAGUUUGAAAGCUCUCUCAAUGUUAAUUAACGAUCGUCAUACAUCAUCAUCAUCACCAUCACCACCAGGAUUUUCAAAUAUGGGUUAUGAUACUACUAAUGAUGAAUCAAUUGAUGAUCAUAUUGCCUCAUCAUAAAUUUUCUUUUUCUCAUCUCUUAUUUCAAGUAUAGUGUAAUAAUUUAGAAAAGAUGAAGAGGAAAAAAUUCAUCGGCAUGUUACAUAAAAUAUGUAUAUGUAGAUGUCAGUUAUAAUUGAAACAUUGGCAUAAUAUUAAAUACAAAAAAUACAAAUUUUUUAAAAAAAUUUUAAACCAAUGUUUUAAACUGAUAGCAAGUAACAAAGAAAAUAAUUUAUUGAAAGUUUUGAAUUCAAUAGAAUUAUUAUGAAAGUCUAAUAUACAAUUAAAUAUUUAAAAUAAAAAUAGAAAAUUUUUAGAUAUAAAAAUGAGGAAAAGAAAUUAAUUUGUUGAAGAAAAAAAAAAAAGAUGAAAACAUCAAAUGAAAAAUGUCCAGAAAUUUUUUUUUGCUAUUGGAGUGAUAAAAAUUAUAAAGAGCUAUUAAGGCUAAUAAAUGAAGAAAAAAUUUACAGUCAGAAAACAAAAUAACAAAAUUUUCUUAAAAAAAAUACAAU